AUGCUCAACAGUCAGGGCAUCGACGUUGUCUAUAUCGCAUCACCAAACUCGCUACACUAUGAACAAGGAAUCAAAACUUUGAAUGCUGGGAAGCACGUCAUCAUGGAAAAGCCUUUUGCUUCCAACAUGCAUGAGCUUGAGGAACUCUACGAACUGGCUGAUUCCAAGGACCUUUUCAUCCUCGAGGCCUAUCGCCAUAUUCAAGAGCCCAACUUCAAGACUUUACAGAAAUUGUUCGAUGAUGAGAAUACGAGAGACGAAAUGUUUGGCAAGAUUUAUGGUGCCAGUCUUUCCAUGGCAGUCUACUCUCCACUCUUUGGCGACAUGACUGAGACAAAUGUUCCCAAUGUGGCCUCUCCCAAAUUCAGCGGCGGUUGCUUGAUGGACAUGGGCGUCUAUCCCGUCACUUUUUCCAUUCGCCUAUUUGGUGUACCUGCCUCUCAGACAUAUUUCCCAGUCAUACUUGAGACAGGCGUCGACGGUGGGGGCCUGAUCGUUUUCGAAUACACACCCGAGACGUCGAAGCAUAAGCAAAGGUUUACUCUGCAAGCGCGAACAAGCAAGCUGUAUGACUCGCAUGCACCAACCGAGAUCUAUUGCGAGAAAGGGACUAUUAGGAUAGAGGGUGGUCAAGCUUCAAAUGUGACGGACAUUUGCACCAUGGAGUUUAUUCCCCGAGGAUCUAAAGAUGGAGAGGAGCUAGGGGAUAAGCGUCCCAAAUACACCAACAUGUUGAACCUGACGUGGGAGGCUAAGGAACUGGGUCGAAUCAUCAAUGAGGGUGAUAGGGAAGCUGAAGGUGAUCUGAGGGCGCUCAGCAAAAGUGUCCUCACUGUUGUGGAGGACAUGCGGAAGAAAAAUGGUAUUGUAUUCGACUGCGAACGCUAG